AUGGCAGCACCAACAGAGUUGGUGGAAGCGUUGGAGGAGCUGGGAGACAGCGAGCUCAGAGAUUUUAAGGAGAUGGAAACAAAGGAUCAGGUGGAAAGUUUAUCUGACUCAGGACCUGAAGGUGAGUCAUGGAAGCAGGGUCACCUGAUCCAGCCCAACUAUGUGCUGUGGGACCAGAAGAGGAGCUUCCAGUUUGGGAAGCUGAACUCUGGAACCAACAGACAGUCUGAGGGAGGAGUGCCCUAUUGUGAGUUCAGACUUCUGUUUGUGUUUGAUGGACUGGAUCAAAGCCGCCUUCAGCUCGACUUCACAGGAAGAACAGAGAAGUCCACUGACGUGACAAAGUCAGCCGGGGUAGAAGUGCUGCUGACCAACCUCAUCAGGGGCAAACUGCUUCCCUCUGCUCGCCUCUGGAUAACCACACGGCCUGCAGCAGCCAAUCAAAUCCCCCCUCAGUACGUCCACAGCGUGACGGAGGUCAGAGGGUUCACUGACCCUCAGAAGGAGGACUACUUCAGAAAGAGAUUCACAGAUGCGGAGCAGGCCAACAGGAUGGUCGCCCACAUCAACACAUCCCAAGGACUACACAUCAUGUGCCACAUCCCAGUCUUCUGCUGGAUCACAGCUGCAGUUCUGGAGGAUGUGCUGGAAACCAGCGAGGGACGCGAGCUGCCCAACACCCUGACUGAGAUGUACAUCCACUUCCUGAUGGUCGAGAUUAACCACACAAAGCAGAAGCAUGUCCCAGAAAAGUGCAUUCGGUACAUUAUGUCAUUGGCUGAACUAGCUUUUCACCAGCUGCUGAGAGGAAACGCCAUCUUUACCGAGGAGGAGCUGAGCUGCAGCGGCAUUCACGUCAGAGCAGCGUCAAAGUGCGCAGGACUGUUCACAAAGAUCUUCAAGCAGGUUUGUGGACAAAGGAAGGAACAGGACCAGAAGAAUAUCUUCAGCUUUACUCACCAAAGCAUUCAUCAGUUCCUAGCUGCAGUUUACGUGACCAUAUCACUGUUUAGCCACAACAGAAAUGUGAUGCCCGUCCCCCGACUCACCGUGCAAAGGCUGUUCAUGUGUUUCGGUAAAUCAAACUCUUCUACGGCUCUGAACGUCCAAAAAAAUGCAGUCAAGACAGCGUUAAAGAGCCCAAACGGUCACCUGGAUUUGUUUGCUCGCUUUCUCCUCGGUCUAUCACUGCCGACCAAUCAGACUCUCCUACAAGACCUGCUGACACAAACAAGAAGCAGCUCACAUAACAAUCAAAAAGCAAUCCUGUAUGUGAAGAAGAGGAUCAGGAAGAAUCCUGGUCCAGAACAAAGCAUCCUUCUGUUCCACUGCCUGAAUGAGCUGAAUGAUCAUUCUCUGGUGAAGGAGGUCCAACGAUACCUGAGUUCAGGAAGUCUCUGCAAAGAUAAACUGUCCCCCGCUCAGUGGUCGACACUUCUCUUCAUCUUACUGUCCUCAGAAAAACAUCUGGAUGUGUUUGACCUGCAGAGAUACUGUGCUUCGGAGGAGGCUCUUCUGAGGCUGCUGCCAGUGAUCAGAGCCUCCAGAAAACUGCUAGUCGACAUUAUAAGUCACAUUUUGUUUGUCAUCAGGCUGAGUGGCUGCAAGCUGUCAUGGAGAAGCUGUGAAGCUCUGUCUCCAGUUCUCAGCUCCCAGUCCUCCAGUUUGAGAGAGCUGGACAUGAGUAACAACGAUCUCCAGGAUUCAGGAGUGACACUACUGUCCACUGGACUGCGGAGUCCACACUGUAUACUUGAGAUUCUCAAGCUGUCAGGCUGCAUGGUCACAGAGGACGGCUGUGCUUCUCUGGCCUCGGCUCUGAGCACCAACCCUUCACAUAUGAGAGAGCUGGACCUGAGCUACAAUCAUCCAGGUGACGCGGCAGCAGAUGUGCUGUCUGCUCGACUGAAUGAUCCAAACUGGAGACUGGACACUCUCAGAUUGGACCAUGGUGGAGAGCAGAGGCUAAAACCGGGCUUAAAGAAGUAUGCCUGCGAGCUGCAGAUAGACCCAAACACAGCAAGCCGAGCCCUCAGAUUGUCCCACAACAACAUGACAGUGACAGCCUCAGACUUUCAGUUAUAUCCGAAUCAUCCAGACAGGUUCGACAGUUGGCCCCAGCUUCUGUGUGAAAAUGAACUGAGCGGUCGCUGUUACUGGGAGGUGGAGUGGAGAGGACUAGUGGACAUAUGUGUGAGCUACAGAGGAAUCAAAAGAAAAGGCAACAGCCCUCGAAGCAGGUUUGGAGGAAAUGAUCAGUCUUGGAGUCUGAGCUGCUUUCUUGACCGCUACGCUGUCUGCCACAACAACCAAGGGAAAGAGAUGUACUUCCCUUCCUCAUCCUCAUCCUCUUUCUCUAAGAGAAUAGCAGUGUAUGUAGACUAUCCUGCCGGCAUCGUGUCCUUCUACAGAGUCUCCUGUGACAGUCUGAUCCACCUUCACACCUUCAACACCACCUUCACCGAGCCUUUGUAUGCAGGCUUUGGCUGUGACUCCAGGCUGGGCUUUAACCUGAUGUUUAACAUCCAGUCCUCAGUGUCUCUGUGCAAGCUGUAGGAGGAUGAGUGUAAAUGAUGAAUCAGUCAAGUUCGUGCACUUUAAACAGAACAAAUAACAGUCAUAGUAAUGCAUUUUUGUUUUUUUACUGAUUAACAAGAGUUGGAAAAGCUGCCAGUUCUUCUCAGAGUAAUGCACAAUAUUGGGAAUAGAGAGUAUACAGCUGUGUUGUAAGCCCUUUGCCCAUCCUUGACAAAGGGCUUAUAACACAGCUGUAUAAAACCAAGGAAACAUCCUAAGAACACAGGAAACAGCAAAAUCCAUUAAAA